AUAUUUCUUAUUAAGAAUCACAAUUUAGUAUGAGAAAAGAUGUUGUUGAUGAAUAUAUGGUCUUCCUCCGCAAUGCUUUCCUCAUACUCACUCAACAACAGUCGCAAAACAGUAAUAAACGAUACCGAAGCCACGUGUCAGUUUGCGUUCAAAUUCAGUUAUAAAAAAUCUCACAGUCACACUCCUCUCGUCUACUUCCCAAGCCACCUUCCGAUCGCAUCGCCGCUUCUCACAGCAACAACAACCGCUCUCCGCCGCAAUGCCACCACACUUCCGCCUCUCCGUGUCUCCGGCGCCGCCGACGUCAUCAUCGUCGGCGCCGGCGUCGCCGGUUCCGCGCUCGCCUACACCCUUGCCAAGGAUGGACGGCGGGUCCAUGUUAUUGAGAAAGACUUGAGAGAGCCAAACAGAAUGGUUGGUGAACUUCUCCAACCAGGAGGAUAUCUAAAGCUAAUGGAAUUAGGAUUAGAAGACUGCAUGGAGCAAAUUGAUGCACAAAGAGUGCUAGGAUAUGUUUUCUUCAAGGACAAGGAAAAAACUAAGUUGAAUUAUCCUUUAGAGAAGUUUAGUUAUGAUGUGGCUGGUAGGAGCUUCCAUAAUGGACGGUUUAUACAAAGGAUGAGAGAAAAAGCUUCUGCUCUACACUAUGUACGAAUAGAGCAGGGCACUGUAACAUCUCUUCUGGAACAGGAUAACAAAACUGUUAUAGGGGUUAAGUACAAAACUAAAGAUGGCCAAGAACUUAAAGCAUAUGCUCCCCUCACAAUUGUUUGUGAUGGCUGUUUCUCAAAUCUACGUCGGUUUCUUUGCCACCCUAAGGUAGAAGUACUCUCCUAUUCUGCAGGUUUAGUACUGGAGAAUUGUCAACUCCCAUUUGAAAAUUAUGGGAAUAUUAUUAUGGAUUAUCCUUCCUUUGUGUUAUUUUAUCGUAUCAGUAGCACUGAGAUUCGCUGCUUAGUUGACAUAGCUGGUCAAAAAUUUCCUCCAGGUGGAAUGGCCAACUACCUAAAAACUAUGGUAGCUUCAGAGAUUCCACAUGAACUUCAUGACGCUUUCAUUUCUGCAAUUGAUCGAGGAAAUAUUAGAGUCAUGCCUAAUAGAAGCAUGUCAGCUGAUCGAUAUCCUACUACUCCUGGAGCUCUAUUAAUGGGUGAUGCUUUCAACAUGCGUCAUCCAUUGACCGGUGGAGGAAUGACAGUGGCAUUGUCUGAUAUUGUUCUGUUGCGGGAUCUUCUUAAGCCAAUUUGUGACCUGAAUGAUGCAACCUCACUAUGCAAACAUCUUGAAUCCUUUUACAUCUUACGCAAGCCUAUGGCAUCCACCAUAAAUACUCUGGCAGAUACCCCAUAUAAGGUCUUUUCUGCUUCACCCAAUGAUGUUGAUGCUAUAAAUGAAAUACGCCAAACAAGUUUUGACUACUUGAGCCUUGGAAGAUUUUUUUCAGGUGGAUACAUUACUCUACUCUCUGGUCUAAAUCCUAGCCUAUUGAGUUUAGUUCUCCAUUUUUCUGCUGCUACAUGUUAUGGAGUUGGCCGUUUUCUCUUGCCAUUUCCUUCAUUUGAACGCUUAUGGACUGGAGCUAGAUUAUUUUUGUGUGCAUUUGUUAUAAUACUUCCCAUCAUCAAGGCUGGAGGAGAAAGAAGGCAAAAAAAAUUUCUUGUAUCCGUACCAACACUUUAUAAAGCUCCUCUUAAUAAGUGAUGCAUUCUGGAGUAAGAGAACACUUCCAAUGCUCCUUUUACUAUUAGCUCCAUUAUUUUAUGUCCUAAAAUUAAGGAGAAUUUCAAUGUAUACAAGGGACUUUUAUGUCUUUUUGGAAGAGAUUACUGAUGAAGGGUUUCUAUAGGUUUUAGGAGGUAAUCGGUCAACUCUUUUUUUCGCUCACUGUCCAAAAUAAAAGGAAAAAAGAGACAUUGUCUUAAACCUAAAAAAUGUGUGCUUCUGUAAUGUAUUUCAAUAAUGUCUUUAUACCUUUAGCAAACAUUGUACCAAUAAAAAAUAACAUUUAAUUUGGUUCAUAAUGAAUGUAUGGGAAAGAAAAUUAGAUAUAAACACCAUCUAUCUAUCUAUUUAUAUAUAGGCUAAAUGCCUAAUUUGGUCCCUC